AGCAUGUCCAUUCCUCAAGCAUAAUCCGCAAAAUUAUGCACAUAAAAAAAGGUGCAAGGGGUGCUGGUCGGAAACGAGAAGACUCAAAUCGGACCAUAUCUACAAACACCAUGAAGUGCCCGGGAUCCAAUGCCAGCGUUGCGGUGAUGUAAUCGACCAUUCUAACAACUCCGACCAUAUUUCUUGUGAGAAACAGGAAUUUAUACCUAGAGAGGGUGCCGAUUCUUCCAUGAUGCAAGCACUACGUUCUAAGUCGACUGCGCGUGAAGGGUCUGAAGAAGACAAGUGGCACGCGAUAUAUGAAAUCCUGUUUGGUGUUCCGCGUGAGCUCCAGCCUAGUCCAUAUACGGACGAAUACCUGCAUACUCAAGCGCAAGCGCAAGCGCUGGUAAACUUCCUUGAACACCGUAUCGGCCCUACUGUAAGAAGAUUGUUAAGGGAACGAAACGUUGCCCAAGACUGGGAAGAAGAUUUCUCUAGGGAUAUGACGAAUGAAAUAAUCGGAUUGAUCAACAGUCAUUCACAGUCACUUGGCCCCUCAACCGUCCCAAACCACGACCACGACUCUUCACCAAACAGCAGUAGCGAAACAAGAGGUGAAAUGUCAAGCUCUCGUACAAACCACACAGCCCAGUCUCACACAGAAGACGGUAAUUCUACCGAGUUUGGUGGUAACGCGACUUCAGGGGGGCUCUUUGGUGAUGAAUAUGGUGUCUGGGGUGUUGGCGGGCAGGAUGGUUUUGAAAAUGACCUGAUGUCUGGUAUGAAUGCUUAUCUUGCUUCUCUAGGCGACUAGAGUGUAUACGACACCACCUGGAACUGAUGGCUUUCGCUUACUGGACUCAGGGCGGCUUCCGUACAUGGCUUUAAGAAAUGGAUUGAUCGGGAUUUCAUUGCAUAUGUGUCGAGAUAACGAGAGUAUGCGUUUGGGUGUGAUUAUGAGUUAUGAAGAAUAUGAGAUGAAACCCUAUGUUCUUAUUAUAUAUAAUUAAGUAUAUAUAUCAUAGGUAGCCGAUCACUAAUACCUAGUUGUUGAAUUAGAG